AUGAAGGAAAGCAAGGCCGCAGAGGACGUGGCCGUACAGGAGGAAAAGGAAGAGGCGGAAGGCGAGGAGGGAAAUGAAGGGGAAGGGAAGAAGAAGCGCGGGAGGAAGCCGGGGAAGCCGAAGGAUGAGGGCACCGAGAUGAAGGAAAUCAAGGCUGCGGAUAACAUGACCGUACAGGAGGAAAAGGAAGAGGCGGAAGGCGAGGAGGGAAAUGAAGUUGAAGGGAAGAAGAAGCGUGGGAGGAAGCCGGGGAAGCCGAAGGAUGAGAGCACGGAGAAGAAGGUCGCCAAGAAAAAACAAGCGAGAGAAGCUAAACCUACGGUGGAGAGGCCCACGAGGGAAAGGAAGACUGUCGAGCGGUUCUCGGAGAUGUCUCCACAAAGUGCUUCAGGGACUAAGGCAGUUUCGAUUAAGCAGGUAUCCUCGCAUUAGAUUUAACCUAAGCAAAAUUCGAUCUCCAGCGGGAUUUUGCUCCGUUGAGGUUUGCCUCUGACUUUGUCACCUCUUUAUUUCAAUGGGCACUAGGGUUCUGGAACUAAGCUGAAGGACAUUCCAAAUGGUAUGCUCAUUCUUCCCUCCGAAUAUCUCCCCCGCCCAUUAAUUUUGUUGCUUACUCAACAAAAUGCUAUUGAUGAGAUGCGCUUUGAGUUCGCCGCAUCUGAUUCCUAUCCAUCUUUAUAUCUAUUAUCGUAAAAAUGGACAUGCGUUUGAAAUGAUUUGGAUGUGAACAAAAAUAGUUCCUUUGGGCUAUCAGUACGCAAUUUUUUAAGAAAAUGUUAAUGGAAGCCCUCUGUAUUAAUGGAAUCAUUUUCAACAGCGAGCCAGCUCAUACGUUAGAUUUGUUUGUCUUUGGGAAGGCAUGAUUGUCACUUCAUUUUCUAUACUAACAUUUUAUCCACGUCUAAUUUGUACCCCUCUGGCUAUCCCUUUUAAAUUCAUGUCACUUGUAAAGAUGGUAUCCAAAGAUCAACAAUAUGAUUUUACGCUCUUAUAUUUCUAGCAUUUAGCCAGAGGGGGAUGUUUUUCUAGUCUGGUUUGUACGUGAAUUGCAUGAUUUCGUGCACGUUCAAAUCUUCAAUGAACAUUUCUCACAAUUCUGCUCAGAUUGAAACCUGAAGAAGCUCAUGAAAUGGAUCUAAUAUUCACGAAAUGGCAUUUUUAUGUUAGCAUUAAUUCUAAAUCAUUGUUCAAACCAUUUCCUCUGGAAAAUUGUGAUUUUUUUGUGUACAUAUCCAUGCAAAAAAAAACUUAUUAUGUUAUAUCUUAUGCUGUUUGUGUGAAUGGAUUUUGAUAUAAAUCGGCACAACCAUCGAAAAUCCUACUUGAAUUUGAUUUAACCCUAUAGAAGGAAGACAUCGUGCCUGCCAUCGAACGUCUCUCUAACUGAGAUGGCAUUAUGGUCCUGCUGUGACAUGGUUUCUGAUUUUUUUUCUUUCUAUGUAGCUGAUUUGGAUAUCUUUGGUGACAACAGGGCAUGUUGAUACGCGUGACCUUUUCAAUUUUGUGCUCAUUUUAUGUUUUUUCUCUUUAUUUUGGUAUAUUUGUGGUACACCGUUGAUCUGGACGAGUUUUUCGUUUUUGGUGUUGAUCUAGAUCCCCCCCCCCCCCCCCCGGGAAAAUGAACGAAUGGACAAAUACUCUCUACAUUCAGUCAUUGUUUACAUAAUUUGUAUCGUCCUGUGUUAUUAUGCCUGCUCAUUAUUCUUCCUUAUUUCAAUGAUUUGAUUUAUCCUCAGGAUAAUUGCAGAGCAAGGUGCAAGUUUGGUUGUUAAGUGUGAUGUUCUAGUGAUAUUUGCUGCUCCUAUUUUUCUGUGAGAGCUAAGUAGGCAUCGAACUCUAAUCAUGUUUAUUCCCCCGUUUUAGUGUUUUACAAGAUAUCUAAAAGGAAGGCCGAUGAGAACCUUCAGCUUCUCCACACCAUACUUUUUGCAAAAAAAGCAAAGGUAAAAUUCCCUCUUAAACGGCUGUGAAUUUUAUAAUGAUGAUUGUGAUUGGGUGUCAGAUUAUGAGUCCUUUUGUUUGAGUCCCAUUCCAUCUCCUCUGGAUGAAAUUUGUCUGCAUGAUUUCGCUUUGUCUUGGGCCAUCAGCUUGAGUCUGACAUUAACCAGUUUCAAAAAGCAAGAAGACUUAAAAUUGUUUUAUCUACUGAUCUUGGUUGUCUCUACUGAAAAAAUAAAACUUGGCAUGAAAAUCCGGAGUAGAAUAAAAAAGGAAGCCAAAAAAAAUUCCUCCUUGCUGGUUGAAUAUUUUCUUCAAACCGCGUUGCCAGAGAAGGGAAAGUUGGGUCAGCUGUUAUUUCCCACACUUCUUGGGGUAUGUAUCAUUUUUACUAGAUGAGGCAGAUCCAGAAAAAUUCGCAAUGCCAGGAGUCGGUCCACUUUUGAUAAUUGAGGAAAACCUGCAUAAGGAUUGCAUGCGAUUUUAUGUAGCCUUCUUCAUUUUUUAUUUUUUAUUUGCUUUUUUCUAUUAUUUUCUUCAAUUCAGCAUGAUUAUUUUUUAUUCAAAUUAAAAUGGCAUGCUACACACAGGAAGCAUAUCUUAGAUAGGUUCCUUUUUCUAUUGGCAGCAUGAGCAUUGUCGUAUGCAAGAGGAAUUUCCUUGAGAUAAAACGUUGUUUAGCAUUGAUUGGAUGAUUCUGUUUUGUUUACAGGUGCUCUACUUGAAGAGAAACAUAUACCAAUUUUCUGGAUUUGUUUGGACUGAAAAUGAGGUAUCUUGUCUCUUUUAGUGUGCGCCUUGCUUCUACAUUGAAUAUUUUUGUAGAAUUCUUAUAACCAGAAUGUCUGCACGAUGGCAUUAAUCUAGCUGUGAGCCUCACAAUUUGUACAGGAGAAGCAGAAAGCAAAGGUGAAGGAAAAACUUGAUAAAUGUGUUAAAGACAAGUUACUGGACUUCUGUGACAUUCUAGAUGUACCUGUUUCAAGGGCCACAAUGAAGAAGGUUGUACUUUGUUAUUUGAGGACAUUUGAUACGGUAUGGUAAUAAGCGAAAAGAUAUUAAAGAAAAAAUACUCACGUGGAGAUUUCUAUUUGCAGGAAGAUAUUUCUGCUAAGUUGUUGGGAUUUUUGGAAUCCCCACAUGCUACAAGAGAUGUCAUUCUUGCUGAGAAGGAGCAGGUUAGCUUUUGAUUCUCGAACGGACUCCUGGCUGAGAAGUUCAGUUGACACUUUUUACAAUUUUAUAGCUUUGAAUUUUAAACACAGAAAAAAAGGAAACGGAAGAGUAGAAGUAAAGGAACUAGUGAAUCGAAAUCUGGUGGAGAUUCUGAUGGAGAAACUAAGGUUUAUCUUUUUCCAUCCCAUGCUGACUUGAUUGCAUUACUUUCUCCUAUUUUCAUUUUCGAAGUUUGAUCUUCUUUGGAUGCUUUAUUGAUGAAUACUACUGAUCUCUUUUGCUUGUUGAAUUUAUCUCUUUCAGAACGUGUUGGCAUUUUGAUGAAAUGGCUUGCAUUUGAUCAUCCAUAGUUCUCUCUCAAUUCCACACAUCCAUUUCUUAUAGAAAUGUAUGUUUAUGUGAUGGCCAUUGCCAGAUCAGUCUUAUAACUCAAUCAUCAUGGGUCCUUUCCAAUAAACCGUGCAUGAAGAGAUCGGGAAUGAGAAGGAUUUAAGUACUAGAUUCUUUUUAGAUGCAGUAUGGGCAUAUUAGAACUGUCUUGUUGGACAUUAUAUGAUGUGCAUUAGCUAUAUUUAUAAUGCACUUUUAUAUAUUUAUUUGUCAGAGGGAUGAUCUAUGUAUUGUUAUGGGAAACAGUACACUUUAGGCUUUAUAAUAUGUGCCCCCAUGUUCUAUUUGAUCGUUGGUCUCAGAUGACCUCAACAAUCAAAGAGGGCAUACGGUUGGAUUUCUAAAUCAAGAUGCACUCUGUAUGGGAACUCACACCAUGGUGAUGGUCAUGACAAGAAAUUGUAGCUAUUAGGAUUUCUAAAUCAUGAUGCACCAUGUAUGGGAGCCCACACCGUGAUAUGGCCAUCAUGGGAACUUGUAGCCUGAGGGUAUAUCAGGAAAGAUCAUACAGUGUUCCCACCCUGUAUCAGGAAAGAUCAUAAAUGUCAAUUAAAAUUGCGGUGCCUUCCCCCCUACUCCCCUCUGUCCACUGAGACAGCAAAAUUCCUCCUUCACUCAGUCUAUUUCCCUCUCUUCGAUUCAACGCAUACUGAUGAUACAUCUGACUUGGCAUCUAUGUAGUUGGGUUUUUUUUGUGUACCUAAUGGAUUUGUCUACCUGUUUUUUAGCGGACAUGCUUUUGACAUAUCUACAUGGGGUUUCUGGCUUUUUGUUUGAGUGAAUGUUACCUUUGCACGUAUUUUAGGUUUUGUCAAUCACUUCACCGUUAAACUUUAUUUUGACAUGUCUUCUGCUUUCUUGUUUGGGGUGGAUUCGGAUUAUUUCUCUAAGAAAAAUACGAAUUUCUUGGACGCUUCCUCAUCCCAUCUUGACGCAGAUUCUUUUUUGUAUUAUAUUUAGUCUCACAAUGUUACUGUUUGUGUGAUAUAAUUAAAUAUUUUUUUUAUUGGCUGUUGAUUAAGAAAUCAGGGUCACAUAACUUGCUUCUGAUUAUGGAUUUAUCUAGAUUUCUUUUUUGCUAUUUCGUUGGGUGAUUUUUCUUGGCCACUUUAGUACUAAAUAGCGCAUUUUUCUCAUGCUAGUGACUUUUUUUUUUUAUUGAAGGAUGCUCUGCCCACAUUCUUUGCAGACGUUUUUGCAUGCUUGUGCCAAUCAAUUUUUCUUGUGCUUCUUUCAGAAACAGAAGAAGGGCGAGGCUGCUAAACUGAAAAAUGAUGAAUCUGAUAGCGGAGAUGAUUCUCCUGACAGCAAAAGUGGUGCAUCUGAUGAUGAAGAACUGGAAGAUGAUGAGGGAAAACGUGUUGAAAAGAGUGAGAGUGAAAGUGGUGAAGAUGAACAGGACGAUGCUGUCCCUGAAAAAAAGGUUCCUGUUCAGAAGCAGACAAGCAAGGAUAAUAAAUCCAAAGAUAAUUUAGAGAGCUCAACUUCAAAGAAGGGCCGUCCUGCAAGAUCGGCCAAAGCUCCUUCAAAAUCUCCGACGAAGAAGUUUUCCUCGGAAGGAGGCUCGAAGGUGCCAGCAAAAAGCCGUAAAGGUGAUUCCUCGGAGCAGACUAGGAAAGGCUCCAAGGCCUCAGCUAACCAGAAAGCUGAGCCUGCCAAAAACAAGCAAGAUAAAAGUAAAAGCCAUAGUAACAAGGUGUCUCAAACUGAAAACAAGGAGAAGAAAAAGGCACAGUCUGGGUCAGCUAUUACUGGUAAUGAGCGUGUAGUAUUUACUCUUUUAGAAAAUAUAUUGAAUUUAUACGCCUCCAUGCAUAGUUCUCUCAUGGUGAGGAUCACCCUGCCGUUUGAGUUUCAGUGGCUGAAAAUGUUCUAUGGGGGGUUUCCAUGUUCUUAGAGAACAGCAAAGCUUCGGGGUUCCCUCGCAAGAACUAUCAACUGAGAUAAACUGAAAAUGUUUUAUUGUCGCCUUGCUAUCGUAGAACUUCAGGGAUAGUAUUCUUUGAAUGAAGGCAGGUCAACGAGCAUUGUGUCGGUUAAAAGGCAGAGUUACCCCUUGUAACUAAAUAAAUUUUCAGUGAUAGUGACUUGUUUGUAAAUACUGUGUCAAUGAAGGAAAAGGAAGAUCCAGUGGGAAGGACAAGGAGCCUACCGUAGCAGAGAUGCAUGCUGUUGUCCGUGAUAUCCUGAAAGAAGUAGAUUUCAAUACUGUAAGAACUUCUCAACCUAGAGAUGAUUUUUUUUCUGUGGUUCGCAUAGCCUUUUUUUUUAUAUAUAAAUUCCCUGUGCAUUGCAGGCCACGCUUGCUGACAUUCUCAAGCAAUUAGGUACGUUACUUUUAUACCUGAUCUUGUCCAGACUAGCCUGAUCAUGUCAGGAGUCAUGCGAUCGAAUUCAAGGGGCGUUAGUUGACUAUCUUGCGAUCUGGUUUCGUCAACAAUCUGACUUUGGAACCCUCCCGUCGGCAGGGUCCCACUUCCGCAUGGACCUGAUGCACAGAAAGGCGGAGGUGAAGAGCAUCAUCGAGGAAGUUAUCAACGACAUGACGGACGACGAGGACGACGAUGGCACCGAUGGCCAGGAGUGA